GCGCGCCGCCGCGUUCCCAGCUCGUGCAGCGCAGUUGAUCGCUCGAGCGGUCUGAACAAUGACUGCCCGAGAGGAAGAUGUGAAUCUGGACGAAUGAGUGAUUUAACACCAGCACUGCACAGCGCGCUGUUUUGUACGCUUUUUUCUCAACAAACCCCAUGAAUAUGUGGAUUCCCACGGAACACGAGAAAUACGGAGUCGUGCUGGCCAGUUUUCGAGGAACGGUGCAGCAUGGCUUGCCUCUGGAGAUCGGAGACACGGUGCAGAUCCUGGAGAAAUGGGAAGGUUGGUACAGAGGAUUCGUCCUCAAGAACCCGAAUGCCAAGGGCAUUUUCCCAUGCAGCCACAUCCAUCUGAAGAAUGCUCAUAUCAAGAAUAAAGGGCAGUUUGAGAUGGUAGUGCCGACCGAAGACUCUGUCAUUACGGAGAUGACGUCCACCCUGAGGGACUGGGGUGCCAUGUGGAAGCAGCUCUUUGUGAAAAAUGAAGGAGAUCUGUUUCACAGACUGUGGCACGUGAUGAAUGAGAUUUUGGACCUCAGACGGCAGGUACUGGUGGGUCACCUGACCCACGACCGCAUGAGGGACGUCAAACAGCACAUCACGGCACGUCUGGACUGGGGCAAUGAGCAGCUGGGUUUGGACCUGGUCCCCAGGAGGGAGUUCAGCAUGGUGGACCCGGAUGAAAUCAGCAUCACCGAGCUCUACCGGCUGAUGGAGAAUCGGCAACGGAAGAAAGAAACUCCAACUCCUGUCAGCACACAUCACCUGUUUGUCCAUUUGAAGAGUCUGAUGAGCUCAAACCUGGGUGAAGAACUGGAGGUCUUCUUCUUCAUCUAUGAUAGUCGAGAGAACAAACCGCUCAGUGAAAGGUUCUUUGUUAAACUCAGUAAAAACGGUCUGCCCAAGUUUCCAGAGAAGACUGAAAGACAAUGCACACUUUUUGUGGAUCUGGGCAGCGGUGACCUGAGAAAAGAUGUGUAUAUUGUUGUACACAUCAUUAGGAUUGGGAGGAUGGGUGCAGGAGAGAAGAAGAACACGUGUAAUGUGCAGUACAGACGUCCAUUCGGCUGUGCUGUGGUCAGCAUCGCUGAUCUUCUCACUGCUGACUCUAAAGAUGACCACCUGCUGAAGGUCUAUGCUUGCAACACAGAAAGCGACUGGAGUCAAAUACACGACAACAUCAUUAAGAAAGUCAACUCCAGAUACAACCUCUCAGGCUCCAACACAGGUCUGGCGGUGGCGCUUCAGUUACUACACGGCGACAUCGAACAGCUGCGGGGGAGAGAAUACAUGGUGCUUUUUACAAGAGGAGUGUCCAUCACUAAAAAACUGGGCUUCUCUGAUGUCAUCAUGCCAGGUGUAUUCCAAAAUGAUCUCUACAUAACACUGGAAAGGGGCGAGUUCGAGAAGGGAGUGAAGAGCGUGGCGAGGGAAGGUUCGUUGAAGUCACAGUCUACCGCGCUUGGACGCCGAUGGACAGAUCCUGCAAGGAUUUUUUAG